AGAGAUUUUGGUUCAAGCCAGCUUGGCCGAAGCGAUCCCGUCGUGUACCGAGCUUCUCCCUCAUUUUUCACCGCCAGCGUGCGUGCCGAAGCCCAGGGGGUGCCGUGUGCGGUUUUUCCCAGCCGAGGGCCCGGGGACGCCCGCGUGCGCGGGGGAGCGCGGCUGCACAGAAGUUCGCGUGAGGUCGCCGAUGUGGCCAUCAGGGACAUUUGCAUGGCGUUCGAGCUCCCUGUCGCCCAUCCCAGCUCUGGAGGUCUCAUCUCAAGGGCGUGAGGCAUCUCGGGUGCCGAUCGCUGGCGGACCACAGGGCAACCCCAGCACAUGCUCUGACCUCGGACGAGCGGAGAACAUAUCGACUUCGGAAGUUAGGCCGCAACGUUGCCUUGCACCGCAUAUGAGACUGUCGAGGAGCUCCAGCCCGAGCGCUGGGCGGCGGCACCGCGUCUCCCGCCGGCUGAUCACCCGCGCUCGCGCCGCCCGCCAGCGGCUCGAGCAAGGGGCCCCGCAGGACGGCUCCGCAGUCGGGGCUUCCAUGAAGGGGGCGAGCGGCCGCGGCUCGGUGUUCGUGGCGACGGCAGCGGGCGGCUCGGGCGCGCCGCCGGAUACCUCGUGCAGCUGGACUUCGGGCAUGUCGAACACGAUCUGUAUACUGAGCGCCGCGGGGGCGAGGCCGCUGCAGGACCUGUCCGAGUCCGGGGAGAUCGCCCACCUCUGCGCCAGCCUCGCGGGCGCGCUCGGGGCCGUGCUCGUGACCUACUUCGACGUGCGGUGCGCCCAGAGUGCAGUGCUACACAUGGCGCCCCGCGCCACGCCUCACCAGCCAGCAGCGCGUGAUCGUCGCAUCGUCUCGGUAGAUUUGCUGGGCUUCCGCGCGAAGGCACAACACGCGGGAGGAUUCCAGUUCCAGGACUUCGGGGAGGUGGCCCACGUCAGCAUGUUUGCUGGAAUGGCGGUCGUUGAGUUCUACGACACUCGCUCUGCACAGGCGCUCUUGAGGGCUGCCAGUGGCUGCGCCACCCUGGUACCCAGAGACGUCCCUGUGCCUUCGGCGAUCCAGACGCGUCACCUCCUUGAAGGUGUUCCAGUAAAGCUGCCAGUGCCGCCCAGCGUAAUGCGCCAAGCGACAGCCCGUGCGGGUCCCAACGGCAUCGGCAGCAUGCCAGAAAGUGCUUCUGAGCAGGCCGGCGACGUGGCCAAGCAUUGCUUGGAGCAGGCCAUGAUCACCCAUGAGGAAGUCCUGAAGUUCGAGAUCAAUCCAGAAGCAAUCUUGCGUGGCGAGGACAAGCGUACAAGUGUCAUAGUCAGGCACCUGCGGGGAGUAUGCGCGAGGAGAGACCUCCUACUGUUUCUGGAAAGGUGCGGUCUCAGCAGCCGGUUUUCGCUAUUCUACAUGCCAUGCAGGAAGCAGUCCUUCCAAAAGUUCAUUUGGGCGGGCUGGGCGUGCGUGAAUUUCGUGUCUCCUCAGGACGUGCUCAUCCUCCAUAGCGCAGCGGAGAGUGGGCACUGGCGGGACGCGUGCAGCAAUCUCCCCUCGAAGUCGCCCGUCGUGAUCUACGCCCGCGCGCAGGGCCACGAGGAUCUCGUGCAGCACUUCAACCUGCGGGUUUUGCUCCAGCAGCAAGACCUCCAGAACCGCCCGAUCCUCAGGCCCGAAGUGCUCACCGAGUUGCCCAGCCAGCCGGCCGUCCUGCUCGGCCAGGCCGUGGCCACGAAUGCCAUUCCUAUGACCUGCCUGCCAGGGGCCGCAGAGGACGCCGAGAUCCUCAACUCGAAGAAGAAGAGACGGCGUAACAUAACUUUUUCAGCUCCGCGCGGAUGUCGUGUGAUGGGCACGGGGCCUUUGGCGACCUCCGGGCGCAAGGGAGGGGAGUCCAGCGCCGAUCCAAGAAAUCCGCGUGGGGCUCCGACAGUUUAUGUUUAUGACUUUUCUGAUUCCUCUAUCCAAUCACGCCGAGGACAGGUAGCAGCCAUUCUUGAAUGAGGACAGCGCCAGAGACAUCGCAUGAACGCGAGCUGUCUGCCCCCCUGUGAGGCGCAAUCACGCCUUCUGGUGCCCUGCUACCGCCAGCGACCUUCUGAAGUUGCCUGGCCGAUAGCGCUACACCCUGCCCAAUCACGUGCAUGAUGUUCUUCAGUUUCCAAUCAGAAUGACGAAUCAAGUUCGCUAGACAGGAGGAAGCACCUCCCAAUUGCAGCAUCUCAUCCCUCCAUUACAUAUCCUCCCGACUCGCAUUGGUCAGAAUUUACGCUCGUUCAGCCUGGCGACCUUUCCGUGCUGACGAUGAGGCCUUUUUUUAAGCAUGCUCCCCCGAACUAUGUAUUGUUUGUUAUUCGCUCACACGUCGUGCUCUUUCCUACUCGUGCGCGCACCAUUUAAUCGCAAUGCGCACCCAUGUGAUUCUUUUUGACUAUACUGAGUUUCAGUAGCUGCUGAUGGCGCGAGUCGCGACUCGAAUAUUCUUACAUGUUUUGGUCUGGAUGACACGUGCAAGCCUUGCUUAGCGUCA